UCCUGCUUGCACGCGGUUGAAGCUUACCAAGCGAUCAACCUGCCCGUUCCAGUGAAUGUAAAAUUUAUCUUCGAAGCAAUGGAGGAGAGCGGCAGUUUGGGUUUAGGUGAUUUAAUCGCGCAGCAAAAAGACAGAUUUUUUAAAAAUGUUGCUUACAUUUGCAUUUGCGAUGGCUCCUCUUUGGAGCAAAAUACCCCUUGCAUCGUGUACGGGUUAAGAGGCGUUUGUUUCUUUUACCUUACAGUCGAGUGCGCUUCGCAAGACUUACACAGUGGAAUACACGGCGGUGCAUUAAACGAAGCCAUGGCCGAUCUAGUUUAUCUACUAAACAGCUUAGUUGACAAAGAUGGUAAAAUUUUAAUCACAGACAUUUACAAGAAUGUCCUCCCUCUACAACCAGAAGAAGAGGGUAUCUACUCCAAAAUUGAGUUUGAUAUUGCAAGGUAUAGCAAAACGAUCAAUGCCACAAAGCUUCUUCACGACGACAAAGUUAAGCUCCUACUCAACGUUUGGCGUUACCCAUCUUUAUCGAUACACGGAAUUGAGGGUGCACACUCCCAACCAGGAGAAAAAUCAGUCAUACCCGCAAAGGUAACUGGAAAAUUCUCAAUUCGACUUGUAGAAAAUCAAAACGUGGAAGAAGUUCAAAGUUUGGUCACCAAGUACCUGCAUAAAAAAUGGGAAGAGCGCGGAAGGGGUACAAAAAUAAAGGUUUCAACGGGUACUGCUGGAGUUGCUUGGAGGGAAGAUACGAACCAUCCCCAUUACUCCGCCGUAAAGCGCGCUAUAAAGUCGGUUUACAACAUCGACGCCGAUUUAAUUCGUGCAGGUGGUUCGAUGGCGGUUCUAACUACCUUACAGAAAGUUUUGGGUAAGAGCAUUGUUAAUUUGACAAUAAGUGCUGGAGACGAUAACGCGCAUGCUCAGAAUGAGAAGAUAAACGUAGAGAAUUACAUUAAAGGGACUAAGGUAAUCGCCGCAUACUUACAUGAGGUGUCCAAAUUAAGCAACUGAUAUGACCACGUGGGGCUUCCAUCCUCGAGACACAAGGAG